AUGGAGUUGUCAAAUGAAGAUAUAAAAUUUAUUACUGAUGAGACCCUGGAUUUUGGUCUGUUUUCUCCUUUUGAUAGACAAGAACAGGGGAGCUCCGCUGAGCACAGGGAACGAUGUGUGCCAAAAAAGAUUGACAUGAACAUUUUGCUGGGGGAGAAUGUGGGUGGGCUCAGAGAGCAGACCUCCGAAUGGAGCCCACUGAGUCCCGAGAAGCUUGAGGAAGUCAUGAAGGAAGCCAACUUCCUGGCUGAACAGCUGGAGAGCUGUCGGCUGCUGGAGAGGGACUGCUCUGAGACGAGGCUUGAGACAGUUCCAGAAUUUGAGCCUUUACCCCCAACUGGUGUCUUGCAAGUGGAGAAGCUAACCCCCAGGAACCCCAGACGAAGGACCUUCAGUGUCAGCAACAGCCCUCUGAAGGAACUGCUGCCAUUGGUGGGGCCUGAAACCUGCUCGGAUCAAGUUUUUUCCAAAGCUCCUUUCCCUGAGGACGGCAGUCCUGUUUCCUGUGCUGCAGAACUGCUUAGUUCCAGGAAGCUCCAACAAAGAUCUAACAUCUGUAGAACUGAUAGUCAGCUGUCUAAGAAAUCCAGACCCAAUCAACCACUCAAGAUUCGGACAAUGACAGCCAACUGUAAGAAGACAACUAGUAGAAGUAGCGGGAAGGAUAAAUCAUCUCCACUUGCCCUUUCCCAUGCCAUACAAGCUCAGGACUCCCUGCUGCACUUGAAGACUCUUCCUCAAACAAGUCAGAGGGGACUUCAGAGAAAGACACAGGAAGCUUCGGGCAAGGCCUCUGUUGAAGUCCCACGGAUAUUUCCAGCAGUGGCAGCUAAGGAGGAACACAAGGUAGGAAGAGCAGAAUGGAAAAUGUACUGUACUACCAUGUAUAAAGAUUGUGCAAAUAGCCCAGAAGUCAAGCUAACAGCAUUGUUUACCUUUCAAGCACUUGAGAAGUAA